GAUGUGGCCUUUUCUGAAUGUGCUUAUUUACAAUAGUAUGUCUAGAACUAGGUUCAACCAGCUAAACUCACUUGGGGCUUGAGACUAAAGAGACAAAAGGGGUCUCUGUCAGGGAAAGUCACCAUGACUAGCAAAAGGGAUCCGUACAUACUGAUCCUCAGCCAUGCGCUGACGGGCCACAUAACGCCCAUGCUCAGCGUGGCAGGCGCUCUCCUUUCACGAGGCUGGGACGUUGGAUUCCUGGGUCCGACGACACACCGGGCCAAGAUCGGCUCCGCGGGCUGCGAGUUUUUCUCACUCAGAGGCAAGGCAGACAUUGACGAUUCGCUAGGAACCCCGGCCGCCCUCGGCGAUGGCGUCGAUGGCCAUCUUCCACCCCACAUGCGAAGGAUCCUUUCCGACACGCGGGUGCAGUGCUACGAUACGAUCCCGGACCAGUGGGACUGCAUCAAGGAGGUCCUGUCCGCGCUGCACGCCCGCGACGCCGACAGGCAGGUGCUGGUGAUUUGCGAGGCGUUUGUGCACGGCAUCCUGCCCCUGAAAUACGGCGCAGCGCUCCCACCGGGCAUCCCUGAGCCCAAGACCAUCUGCGUCUCGGUGACGCCGCCAAUGAUCCGGACGAGGCUGCAGCCGCCAUUCUACUCCGCGCUGCCGUACGACCCCUCGCCGGCCGGGGAGGCCAGGGCUGCGGAGCUGUGGGAGGAGUGGGGCGGGGGUGUCGGGGCCGAGAUGGAGUCGUACCUCGACGUCAAGGUCAUGCGGGCGGGCGGGACACGAAGGACGAAGCAGCUGUUCUUGGAGGGUGUGAAUUAUACCUGUCACGACUCCAUCCUGCAGUUUGGACUGGAGAGCUUCGAGUAUCCCCGCGAUGACUGGCCAGCAGGGCGAUUCCACUUCAUCGGUCUGCCUCCGCCAAAGGGUCGCAGGGGUGUCAGCGAGGCCGAGGUCAGGGAUGUACCAUGGUGGGAGGGGUUUGUCGCCAACGCAGAGCUGCCGGGGCGAGAUCCGACUCGUAGCAAGGUGGUUAUCGUGACUCAGGGGACUGUCGAGGCGGACGCGACCGAGCUGAUCGUCCCAACUCUGCAGGCGGCGACUCGACUAGCCCAAGAGGAAAGCCUGAAACUCUUCCUCGUGGUAAUACUUGGGGUGAGAAACGCCAGCCUGCCUCCCUCGGUGUGCACAGUGCCUCCAAACGUCGGCGUGGUCGACUACCUGCGCUACGGUGCGGUCCUCCCCUACGCCGACGUCUGGGUGCACAAUGGAGGCUACGGGGCGGUCUCGCAGGGAAUCGCGGAGGGCGUGCCCAUGAUCGUGGCGGGGGAGGGGCAGGACAAGGCGGAAAACGCACGACGGGUUGCUUGGUCUGGCAUCGGCUUGGAUCUCAAGACCGCCAGACCGACAGCGGAGCAGGUAGCCAAUUCAAUCUUGGAAGUGCUGCGGGAUGGGAGCCAAUACCGGGACAAAGUUAAUGAUAUGCAGAGUCAGUUGAAACUUUACAACUUUGAGGAAACAGUGGACCGGGAAGUUCGGAAACAAAUCGUAAUAUAAACACAGAAAAAAAAAAAAAAAAGAGAGAAAAACCUUGUUCGAUUGGGUGAGUUGUCUCGGGCAAUUAUCAUCUUUUAGGGUUAAACUUCAGCAGCAAAUUACUUCACUCUUCAAGACGCAACAGUUUCAUAAGAUUCUUUCUAUGCACCCCGCACUGAUGGUGGAAUAUUUACAGUGGCGUGGAC